GUUAGUUGUUGGUCCGUUGCCACCCAAUUCAAGUCUUCAUUAUCUUCCAACCUGCAAAGAAAUUAAACCAGCAGCCCCCUGCAGCCGCCAUGGAUGAGUUCUUCCAGAAUGGCUGUAGUCAAGAAACUGCAACACCACUACAGUGGUUUGAUGACUUCCUCCCUUUGGUGAACCCAAGUGCCUUUGUGAAGUAUGUGGAUCAGAGGGUUGGAGGGGUGGGGUCCAAGGGGGAUGGGAGCGGGUCGAGUCGCGAUGGAAAUGCGAACAAGAGGAUGGUGGAGUUCCUGGGGAAGAUGUGGAAACCGGCUUUGCAGACAAUGCAGACGGCGCAGGAAAGGGUGCAUAGGCAUAUGAUCAAUGAGAGGAUGAGGAGAGAGAGGCAAAAGCAAAGCUACUUAGCCUUGCAUAGGUUGUUGCCUCUUGGGACCAAGGGUGACAAGAACACAAUAAUCCAAAUGGCAGCUGCGAGGAUACAAGAGUUGGAAUUGUGCAAGGAAGAAUUGAUGAGGAGAAACAGUGAAAUUGAGAUGACUUUAGCAGCAAGUAACAAUGAGAAUAAUGAGGGAGUGAGCAAUAAGGGCAAGAUUAUUAGUGUAAAGGUGGCUUAUCCUUCUAGUGGGAUUGAUUCCAUGCUGCAAGUUCUAGAAUGCUUGAAGAACAGUGGAACCAAACUAAGAUCCAUGCACUCCAAUUUCUCUCCACAAGAAUUCUCUGCUCUGCUAGAGAUAGAAGCCAAGGUAUGCAUGGGUGAAGGCCGGCUACCUUGUGACUUUAGCCAACAAAGGACCACCAUAAGGUAAAGCUAGGUUGUCCAUUGAUCGGCUAAAUUUGCAUAGUGACCUUAGUCGAUCAGCAAAUAAUCACAAUGAGCUAAGGUAAACGAGUCUAGAAUGCUCAUAGCUGACCAGACGAAGCUUGUCAUGUAAUUCUAGCCCGCAAAGGAGACGGAGACAAACUAGCUUAAAUUGUCCAUAGUUGACCAAUCCGUACUCCCGCCACCAUAGUCGACAAAUGACCACAAUGUGAUAAACCAGUCUAAGUUGCCCAUAACUGAUAAAUUCAAACAAAGAAGGCCAAUAGACUGCUUGAUCUGCAGUCAAACUUGGAACCUUGUGAGCCAACUGUCUAACCAACUUGACCAGUCUUGCCUGUUCUAAUUUUUGUUACAGACUGGAGUUCCAGGUUUUGCUACAUACAUUAUUUAUUCUUCCAAAGGCUGAAUCCCAACCCUAAGGGCUCCCACACCCCGGCCCGACAGAGCAUUUGGGAGCAUUUGUGCAUACAUUGUUUAUUAGAUGCACGAGUGAAGACUAGUCUUUUAGGUAGGGUGUUGGAGUGGGUAAAAUUUUGAUUGGUUUGGU